GUCAUCGCUCUGACAGCGCUGUGAAGGGAACAGAGAGGAGAAACCCAAUCUCAGAACCUAACAACACCUAGCAACAGUUGAAAAAACUUUAAACAAAACUCUGGGUGGGAGAUAUACAACAACUUCCAAUUUGUGCUGAUCGAGAUUUCAGGGAGAAGCCGCUUUCCUCUCACACUCAGCUUCCUGCAUGACUUCAGCUAUUGGCUGGUCCUAGCAAAGAGAGUGGGAAAAGCUUUUUCCUCUGUAUUCUUUUGGGCUGGAUAGUUUUCCAGGACUCGGUCUGUCUUGGGCUGUGGGACAAGCCACUGGGUUCUUCAGAGGAUAAGCCACCUCCCAAAGCACAUCCCGUUGGUUAAACGAGCUGCCGUCAGUUUCUUUGGGAAAAUGAAUACUACAUCAGUUUUGGUGGGAAUGAGAUCCCGAAACCAAAGUGGCGAAAGUUCCUCGAAUGGGCGUAUCUCCUGCUCUAAGACCUCCAGCACCAACAAUGCUGAUGAGAAAAGUCUCUCAGAAGAGGCAAAAAAGAAGAACAAAUCAAACAGGAAGGAGGAGGGUGUCAUGGCUUCAGGGACAGUCAAACGACACCUGAAACCAUCUGGUGAAAGUGAACGGAAGGCUAAGAAACGUCUGGAGUUAUCCAAAGAAGAUCUCAUCCAGCUACUCAGUAUAAUGGAAGGGGAGCUGCAGGCCCGAGAAGAUGUGAUCCACAUGCUGAAGACAGAGAAAACCAAGCCUGAGGCUCUGGAAGCUCAUUAUGGAUCUGCAGAGCCAGAGAAGGUGCUUCGGGUCCUGCACCGAGAUGCCAUCCUGGCGCAGGAGAAGUCCAUAGGGGAAGAUGUCUAUGAGAAACCCAUCUCAGAGCUGGACAGGCUUGAGGAGAAGCAGAAGGAGACGUACCGCCGCAUGCUGGAGCAGCUGCUGCUGGCAGAGAAGUGUCACCGGCGCACGGUGUAUGAGCUGGAGACUGAGAAGCACAAGCACUCUGACUACAUGAGCAAGAGCGACGACUUCACCAACCUGCUGGAGCGGGAGCGGGAGAGGUUGAAAAAGCUCCUUGAACAAGAAAAGGCUUACCAAGCCCGCAAAGAAAAGGAAAAUGCCAAGCGGCUCAAUAAAUUGAGAGACGAGCUUGUCAAACUCAAGUCCUUCGCACUCAUGCUGGUGGAUGAGAGGCAAAUGCACAUUGAGCAACUUGGCCUGCAAAGCCAGAAAGUGCAGGAGCUUACCCAGAAACUGAGGGAGGAAGAAGAAAAGCUCAAAGCUGUUACUUCCAAAUCCAAAGAAGACAGGCAGAAACUGCUCAAGUUAGAAGUAGACUUUGAGCACAAGGCCUCCAGGUUUACUCAAGAGCAUGAAGAGAUGAAUGCUAAACUGGCCAACCAGGAGUCUCACAAUCGGCAACUUCGAUUGAAGCUGGUUGGCUUAUCUCAAAGAAUCGAGGAGCUGGAAGAGACCAACAAAAAUCUCCAAAAGGCAGAGGAAGAGCUUCAGGAAUUAAGAGACAAAAUUGCCAAAGGGGAAUGCGGCAAUUCCAGCCUCAUGGCGGAAGUGGAAAACCUCAGAAAGCGCGUCCUUGAGAUGGAGGGUAAAGAUGAGGAGAUCACGAAAACCGAGUCCCAGUGCCGGGAGCUGCGGAAGAGGCUGCAGGAGGAAGAGCACCACAGCAAGGAGCUGAAGCUUGAAGUGGAGAAGUUGCAGAAGAGAAUGUCCGAGCUGGAGAAACUGGAGGAAGCCUUUAGCAAGAGUAAGUCGGAAUGCUCUCAGCUCCACCUGAAUCUGGAGAAAGAAAAGAACUUAACCAAAGACUUGCUGAAUGAAUUGGAGGUGGUCAAGAGCCGAGUUAAAGAACUCGAAUGUUCUGAAAGUAGAUUAGAAAAGGCCGAACUAAGCCUCAAAGAUGAUCUUACAAAGUUGAAGUCAUUUACUGUGAUGCUGGUUGAUGAAAGGAAAAACAUGAUGGAGAAAAUAAAGCAAGAAGAGAGAAAAGUGGAUGGACUCAAUAAAAAUUUUAAGGUGGAACAAGGGAAGGUUAUGGAUGUAACUGAAAAAUUAAUUGAAGAAAGUAAGAAGCUCUUAAAACUGAAGUCUGAAAUGGAGGAGAAAGUGUACAGUUUGACCAAAGAGAGAGAUGAGUUGAUAGGCAAACUGAAAAGCGAAGAGGAAAAAUCCUCUGAAUUAAGCUGCAGUGUGGAUUUAUUAAAGAAGAGACUCGAUGGUCUAGAGGAAGUAGAAAGAGAAAGAAGAGGAAGGUCUCGAAAAGGGCCUGAGCUCACCGGCCCGGAGGAUAACAAGAUCAAGGAGCUAACGCUUGAAAUCGAGAGGCUGAAGAAGCGCCUUCAACAGCUGGAGGUUGUGGAAGGGGAUUUGAUGAAGACGGAGGAUGAGUACGAUCAGCUGGAGCAGAAAUUCAGAACUGAGCAGGAUAAGGCGAACUUCCUCUCUCAACAGCUAGAGGAGAUCAAGCACCAAAUCGCCAAGAACAAGGCGAUAGAGAAAGGGGAGGCUGUGAGCCAGGAGGCUGAACUGAGACACAGGUUCCGGUUGGAAGAGGCGAAGAGUCGAGAUUUAAGAGCCGAGGUGCAAGCUCUCAAGGAGAAGAUCCACGAGUUAAUGAACAAGGAAGAUCAGCUUUCCCAGCUCCAGGUAGAUUAUUCGGUCCUCCAACAACGAUUUAUGGAAGAGGAAAACAAGAACAAAAGCAUGGGUCAGGAGGUGCUCCAUCUCACCAAGGAGCUGGAGCUGUCCAAGCGCUACAGCCGCGCGUUGCGACCCAGCGUGGCGGGGCGCAGGAUGGUGGACGUGCCGGUGGCGUCCACGGCGGUGCAGACGGAAGCCCCGGGCGGCGAGGCGGCAGAGGAGUCCCCGGCGGUGUUCAUCCGCAAAUCCUUCCAAGAGGAGAAGCACCUCAUGAGCCACCUGCGCCAGGGGGCGCUGCGGAGGCCAGCGGGGCGCGGCUCGGUGCUGGACCGGUACCCGCCGGCGGCGGGAGGAGGGGCGCCCCGAUCCCGGGGGGCUGGUGCUGGCGCCCCGGCACGGCCAGCCGUUGCACAUCCGCGUGACACCGGAGCGCGGGGGCAGCGCGGCCACGCUGGAGAUCACUCGGCCGACGCCGGAGGAGUUCUUCUCCAGCACCGCCGUCAUCCCCACGCUCGGCAGCCAGGCGCCCCGCAUCACCAUCGUCCCCGCGCCGGGCGCCGACCCCGAGCGCGCCGCGUCCCCCGUCACCAUCACUACCCUGUCGCGGGAACGGGCUGCGGAUGGGCGCGCGUCGCCCCUGCAGGUGCGCACGGUGGCCACGGCGCCCGCGCCCGCGGAGACGGCAGGGACCCCGGUGUCCCCAGUGGUGACCUCGGCGUCCCAGGAGGCGCCCGCAGGGAGGACGGUGCUCAGGGUCACCCCCGAGAAGCAGCCGGGCCCGCCGGCGCCGCGGAGGUACAACGCCAACGCCAGCAUCAUCACCACGGAAGACAACAGGAUCCACAUCCACCUGGGCGCGCAGGCCGAAGGCGCGAGCCCGGUGAUCACCGUGCGGCCCGCGGGCAGGGAGGCGGCCCCGAGCCCUGGCCUCCGAGCCCCCCGCGGGACCACCGCCGUGCGGCCCAGCACAGCCAAGGUGACCAGCACCAUCACCAUCACGCCUGCCACCACCGCGUCCACGCGGGGCACCCAGGCGGCGUCAGGACAAGAUGGGUCAUCUCAGCGGCCUGCACCCACACGAAUUCCUAUGUCAAAAGAAAGUGUCAUCAUUCACCAGUUGCGAAUGAACUCCAGAUGAGCUGGUAAACCCAGUACACACUGGGUGCGUGACUUCCUGUGACUCCCUGCUGAGUGGAUAGUAUGUCUGCAGCCCUCCACCAUCACUGAGAUCCUCCAUGCUACUGAUUAUGACUGGAGAUAUUUCACUACUUCUGGUUUUUUUUUUUUUUUUGAGGAUAUGAUGUAAAAGCUGAAAAUAGCCUUGCUAAUAACAUGAAAAUAUGGGCGACUGAAUCUUUGUGGCAAGAGAAAGACCUCCUCGUUUUGUAAGGCUUUGAGGUCCACGGGCACAUAAUACGUAAUUUAUUUUUAUAAUACAUUUUGUAAUGUGGUUUCUCUUUUUUCAUAGUUUGUGGAAAAUGUAUCUGUAGAAUAUACUGUCAGUUCUCCAAAGUAUUGGUACUGUUGCGCUCAAAAUGAUAACAUCUAAUUAUUUUUUUGUUAAUUUGUUGCUUCUGAUGAAAAGAAAGCACAACACUUUUAUAUCCCAAGGUAAAUAAAGAGGUGACACUUAGGCACAGGAGACUCUGGAAGAAUUCUUAUUAUUGAUUGUACAAUGCUGUCAUUCUGACCAUGGCUCAGUACCCGCAUAUAAUGUUCUGAUUUAGGAGUUUGUUUUUAAAGUUGCACUUGUUGGUGUUCUGUGCCAGAAGCCCUGGAUGGACUGAUUUUCACAUGUAAUAAAUUAAUAAAAAGGAGAUGUACAAGUUUAACCAGAAGGAAACAGAAACAGCUUUAACUGACAAUUUAAUUAUAUGCCUAUUUUCAUUAUUACAUAUAUGUACAAGCUAUGAGAACUGUGAUGCCAAGAUAUUUCUUACGUUCUGCUCUCAUGCAAUUUGCAAAUAAAACCAACCUAGAUAAUAGGAGCAUCUUUUUAAAAAGUUAGAAAAAUAAAAAGAUACCCACCCGAUUUGAUAGAUUUUCAUAGCCACAUGUAGGUAAGGAAAUAUAUUCUUUAAAAAUGAAAAAUACAUUUAUUAAAGACAAAAAGCACAUGUAUUAUUCAAAUGUCAAUGUCAGAGCUGCUGUUGAAUUUAAUAAAGUCACUGGAAAACUUAAAUAAUUCAGUCUUUUAAAAACCAUAGUUUAAAAUAAGACUGUUAGUGUGGACAUGUCUUCAAUAAGGUUUUUAAAGAAGACUUUAAAAUCUCACAUGGUUUCUCUUACAAGAGAAACACAAAAUAUACAUAAAGAGCAAAAUAAAAGAUAGAUACUAGGAAGUAGAGAGACAGCGCUUUCUCAUAGGGGAAGGGGAUCGAGACAUGGAGGGAGGGGAAGGAAGGGGACAGGAGGAAAGGCAAGAUGAAGAAGAAUUAUUAAGGUGUGUUCUGUACGUGUGCCAAUUCCCUACGGGGAAUGCGAUCAUUAUGUACUGCAAACGAGGACUAAUAGAAAUAAAAACAAACAAAAUAUAAAUUGAAAGAUAAAUUAAGAGUGGAUGUGUCAAUCUCUUAAUGAAGAAAACAUUUAUCAUGUAACUUUACUGAGAUGAAAGAGAAUGCUUCUGAGGGCCACAGAUCAUUAACAGCCACACGGGGCAUCACUAGCUCACCUCUCCAGUCCACGUGCUGUACCCAGGUCCACAAGCCCAUAGGGACCUCCAGUUUCUGGAAUGGAAAAAUUAAUGCGAAAUUUCCUUUCUUAUGUAACCUUGGGAGGUUUUAAGGUAUACUUUGUGGAAAUGGAAAAUCGUAUUCAACGUUAUAAAUUAAAGAAUUAUGUUUUGUUAAAAUUAUUUUUGCUUUGAGCCCUUUAAAAAAAAUUUUUUUUUGGUGCUGAGGACUGAACCCAGGGCCUCAUACUUGCUUAGCAAGUGCUACACCAUGAGCUAAAUCCUUUACCCCUAUUUUUGUCUUUUUUUAAAAAAUCAAAGAAAUGCUGUAUUAGACUUGCCCUAGCUUGAAUGAUUGUGGAAGCAUCAUAUAACCUCCUGUGGCUCUAAUUACUGACUCAGAAAACCAGAGAACGUGUGUGUGAAGAUUUUUUAAAUUGUUAUUACUGGAUUUUGUUUUGUGAAAACUUUGAACUAUAAUGACAUUUUCAAUUAGAAGACAGUUUUUUAAUAUCAUUUCAUUUUUUGACUCACAGUUAAGUUCCUUAUUUGCCAGUGUUUAUACUUUUGAUGGCAAAACAUUCAGAGACAUCAUAGAUAAGAAUUUGAAAUGAAUAAUUUUUUCUCAAUUUGUGGGAAUUUUGCUACAUUACUAGUGAAAAGGCUAGCAGACAAGAUUCUAAAUACUUUUUGAGUUCAAUUAAAAUAUUGCUAGUAAUUUAUAUGUGUUUGGAUCUGCAUUUUGUUUCUCCUGAUUGGAUAAUGAAAUUUGGUACUUGCUAAGCAGUAGCAUGGGGAUGCAUUUAGCCUGGUAUUGAGGCUUUUCUGUCUACAUUGUGUCUAAACCAGAACAGGGCCGGAGGGCCUGAUGAGUCACAUUAAUCACAUUAAUUCUGAAAUAGAGCAAGAGAGUCUUAAUAAACAAGAUCAGAAAUAGUAACAUCUUGUCACUGACAUCCAACUGAAAACAUUACCUUCACAUGCAAUCCUGGCACUACUCGAGGACCAAAGUCACACAAUGUAUCCAACUUGGAUUAUAAAUAAAUCUCCAGUCAUCAAUAUAUUGGGGAUUAUUUUUGAGUGGAAUUGUGAAUGGUUUCUGAAAUAUAAUAAAAUAAUUAGUGUUUCCAGGCGAAGGCAUAACAAUUCAACUAAAUCAUUACUUUAUGUAUCUCUUUUUGAUAGCAGUUUUUUGAGUAUCUUCUGCAGAUUUUUUCAAAUAUUCCAUGAAGCUUUGGGGUUUGAUGAAGACAUGGAUAGAAUAAAAGCACCAGAUGUCAGAUGCCUAAAAUGUUCACAGAAUGUGAAGAAUUAAUUGCAUCUUACCAUAGAAAAUUUAGUGUGGAAUAUCUAGUUCAGUAAUUAACAGACAUCAAAACUACUGAAAUAAUUCAUGCCUUCUCCAAAUCAGUGGCAAAGAAAGAGUAGAUGGUAUAUCAGGAAUGUAAGGUUUUUGCCCUUUCUAUUAAUGCUGGGGUUGAAUUUUCCUGAAAAUAAAUAAAAAACAUAAGUAGCAAAAGUAGAGGUGUUCAUACACUGCAUGAUCUACAAAUUAAAAAUAGCAAAUGUGGAAAAUGGGACUUUAAAAGAAACACACAUUUGUCACCUGAGUCACGUGUCCUCCUCUUCACGCCCAGUGCUACACAGCUACUAAAAAUGCUAAUUAUCAGGGGAGAAGAAUGAAAAUUGCUGUAAUAGAGUUAUAAAAUUUGGGAACUUGAUUAUUAUAAUUUUCAGCAUUUAUUCCAAAUUAUUGGAUGAUAACUGUGGUUGUUCUGUAGGGAAAAUGUGAUAGCUGCAGAUUUAACCAGAAAUGUUGUGAUCAUUUAUUUUCUGGGAAGUUUUUGUUUAUGUGAUUUGGGGAAUUUUAUCUUACCCUUCAUAGAUGUGUAUUUUAACACUGCAGAUGUGUAUUUAUUUAAUUGAGAUUUUGCUUUAAAAGCAUCAGCUGUUAGCUUCUCCAAUAAAGAGGCUUACAAAGUAGUCAGAUAUUUUUAGAAUCCUUGCAGCUCUAAUGGAUUUUCAAAACAAGAGUACAUUUAAGAAAAAUUUUGGAAAUGCAUUCUAUUUUCACACCAUUAUUAACUUUGCCUCCUUUAUUUUGUUAAUUACAUGAGGUUUAUUAUUUUUCAAUGAAUCUAAGUGAAUUUAUGUACUUGUUUUCUUUAUGAAUAUAAUAUCCUGCUAUCACUUCUUCACAGGUGAUUGAAAUUAUUUAACCAAGUAGGACAUUUUCUGUGUUAUUUCAUGGAAAUCUCACCAGCAUGUAAAAAAACCAAUUAAAAUAUUAAAGCAUU